GCCCCCGCGGCGGCGGAAGCGGAGGCGGUGCCGGGCUCGGCAGUGGGAUCGGGAUGGUGCUGGAGGCGCUGCGGCCGCGGGCCGUGCGCUGGGCGCUGCUGGCCGCCUUCGCCGCCGGCGUGGUGGUGGGCUGGCAGGCGGGCCGGGCGCGCCGCCGCUUCCUGCGCUGGCGGCAGCGAUACCUCCAGCGCCGCCUCGCCGCCGCCCAGGAGAAGCUGGAAGCGGCCUGAGCGCCGGAGCAGCCGGGCUCCCCCUGGCCCUCCCUGGCAGCGGGCUCCGGGUGGCUCCUGCGGCAGCCUCGCUAGGUGCUGCCUGAGCUGCUGGAAGCGGGUGAAGCGCUGCUGGAGAGGGAUAGCAUCUGGAACGGCAGGGCUGCCGGCUGGACAGCAUCCGUGCAAUAGCAGUGAUUUUGGAGAGGACAGCAUCCGUGGAAUAGCAGGACUUCUGGAAAGGACAGUAUCCGUGCAAUAGCAGUGCUGCUGAAGAGGACAGCAUCCGUGGAAUAGCAGGACUUCUGGGGAAGGACAGCAUCCAUGGAAUAGCAGGACUUCUCUUCUGCCCUUCACAAGGCAAGAUCCCARACUGUGUCAGACUGACCUAACAAAGCGCAGAGCAUAUGCAAGCAAUGGUACCAAACCUGGAGCGCCAGGGAGGUUUGRAGUUCCUGUCCCUGGAGGUGUCCAAGGAAGGAAGAACUGAAUGUGGCACUCAGUGCUUUGGGCUGACAAGGUGGGGAUCGGUCACGGGUUGCACUCGAUGAUCUUUUCCAGCCUCAGUGAUUCUGUGAUUUCCAUAUUCCAACGGGCUGUUUGCACCUUGUCCAGCUCUAAGCCCGCUGCUCUGCCCUUGCCAGGAAGCGCUGCCAACACAAUAAACUAGACAAAGUCAUCACGUGGUGUUCCUAGGUGUUUAUUUCUGAAAUAA